AUGGCCGACGUUUUCCCGGCCAAUGACUCUACCACGUCUCAGGACGUGGCCAACCGUUUUGCCCGCAAAGGGGCGCUAAGGCAGAAGAACGUGCAUGAAGUCAAGGACCACAAAUUCAUCGCCCGCUUCUUCAAGCAGCCCACCUUCUGCAGCCAUUGCACUGACUUCAUCUGGGGGUUUGGGAAACAAGGUUUCCAGUGCCAAGUUUGCUGUUUUGUUGUUCACAAGAGGUGCCAUGAAUUUGUCACUUUCUCUUGUCCGGGUGCAGAUAAAGGGCCUGACACUGAUGACCCCAGAAGUAAGCACAAGUUUAAAAUCCACACAUAUGGAAGCCCUACUUUUUGUGAUCACUGUGGCUCACUGCUUUAUGGACUUCUACAUCAAGGAAUGAAAUGUGACACCUGUGAUAUGAAUGUUCACAAACAAUGUGUAAUAAAUGUUCCAAGCCUCUGUGGAAUGGACCAUACAGAAAAAAGAGGACGAAUUUAUCUGAAAGCAGAAGUCACAGCUGAAAAACUACAUGUCACAGUACGAGAUGCAAAAAACUUAAUCCCUAUGGAUCCAAAUGGACUUUCAGAUCCCUAUGUGAAGCUGAAACUUAUCCCUGACCCUAAGAAUGAAAGUAAACAAAAAACCAAAACAAUCCGCUCCACACUAAACCCACAGUGGAAUGAGUCAUUCACAUUCAAAUUAAAACCUACAGAUAAAGAUAGACGGUUAUCUGUUGAGAUCUGGGACUGGGAUCGAACAACAAGAAAUGAUUUUAUGGGUUCACUUUCAUUUGGGGUAUCCGAGCUUAUGAAAAUGCCGGCAAGUGGAUGGUAUAAGUUGCUUAAUCAAGAAGAAGGUGAAUACUACAAUGUGCCCAUUCCAGAAGGGGAUGAAGAAGGAAAUAUGGAACUGAGACAGAAGUUUGAAAAAGCCAAGCUUGGCCCUGCUGGUAACAAGGUGAUCAGUCCAUCAGAUGACAGAAAAUCCAAUGUACCAUCCAACAACCUUGACAGAGUGAAACUUACAGACUUUAAUUUUCUCAUGGUCCUGGGGAAGGGUAGUUUUGGAAAGGUGAUGUUGGCUGACCGGAAGGGAACAGAAGAACUAUAUGCCAUCAAAAUUUUGAAAAAAGAUGUGGUGAUACAAGAUGAUGAUGUUGAAUGCACAAUGGUAGAGAAGAGAGUAUUAGCACUCCUAGACAAGCCUCCUUUCUUAACACAACUACACUCCUGUUUCCAGACAGUGGAUCGUCUUUAUUUUGUCAUGGAAUAUGUCAAUGGUGGAGAUCUCAUGUACCACAUUCAGCAAGUAGGAAAAUUUAAGGAGCCACAGGCAGUGUUCUAUGCAGCAGAGAUUUCAAUUGGAUUAUUCUUCCUUCAUAAACAAGGGAUCAUUUAUAGAGAUUUGAAAUUAGACAAUGUCAUGUUGGAUUCAGAAGGACACAUCAAGAUUGCUGAUUUUGGAAUGUGUAAAGAGCAUAUGUUAGAUGGAGUCACAACCAGGACCUUCUGUGGAACUCCAGAUUACAUUGCUCCAGAGAUCAUUGCUUAUCAGCCGUAUGGAAAAUCUGUGGACUGGUGGGCCUAUGGUGUCCUCUUAUAUGAAAUGUUAGCUGGACAGCCUCCAUUUGAUGGUGAAGAUGAGGAUGAACUCUUCCAGUCCAUAAUGGAACACAAUGUUUCCUAUCCAAAAUCAUUGUCCAAGGAGGCUGUUUCCAUCUGCAAAGGACUAAUGACAAAGCACCCUGCAAAACGCCUGGGCUGUGGAUCUGAGGGAGAAAGGGACAUCAGAGAACAUGCAUUUUUCAGAAGAAUUGACUGGGAGAAAUUGGAGAACAGAGAGAUCCAACCACCAUUUAAACCUAAAGUGUGUGGCAAAGGAGCAGAAAACUUUGACAAAUUCUUUACCCGAGGACAGCCAGUGUUAACACCACCUGAUCAACUGGUCAUUGCUAACAUAGACCAAGCCGAUUUUGAAGGGUUCUCUUAUGUCAACCCACAGUUUGUGCACCCCAUCUUGCAGAGUGCGGUAUGAAAUUGACCGACAGGAACAAAAAAACCCAAUUCCCUGGUCCCACCCACAGUGUUCCUUAAUUCCUAACAUUUUAAGGUCUCACUCUUGUUGCUUAUUCCAGUUGGAGACCUGAAAAUUGUAGGGUUAGAAGUCUAAAUGUGAUCAACCAUUCAGGAUCUCACUUUCAACCAAGAAACAUUGUCUUAGUGAAAGUUGAUAUAGUACUGAGUUUAGCGUUUUAGGAGCUGGUUGUCUGUCACUCUUACAAAGAAAACAAUUUCUUAACCCAUUUUGGUACGUUUUGAUAUAUUUUCUUUAACUUUCACCUGUCAAUUUUCAUCAGUAGAAUUCCUCACUAUAGAGUUCAGGUUAGAAUCCUAUCAUUAUCUGAUAGGCUGAGGAAUUGAACAGUCUUUGGAAUGGAAGCAUGGAAAGCACCUAAAGUAAGCACUGUGUUAGGGAAGGGGGUGUCUCAGUGAACCAGGUAUUACCAUAGUCUUUACUAGUUAAUUUUUAAAAAUUGCUAGAAAAGACCAAGGAAGAACUGGAGCAUGCAGAUGAUGACACAGUUGCAAGCUAAACAUUCCCAAACAUAGGCUGUUCAUAACCUAAUCACAGCCUAUCAGUUCUCAGUUUUUAAAAGACCAAAAAGAAAGAAAAGAAAAAUCAGACAAAUAUGUCAUGAAUCCAUCAUAUCAUGUCUGGCUGGUUUGAUAACUAGUUUUAAAUUGCAUUUCUAUUAAGAGGCCAAAUAUUUUAAGGACAAUGCUAAGGUAGCAUAUAAAAUCAUUUCAAAUCAAAAGUAACAAUUCCAUAUUUAUGUUCAUGUUAAUCUCUGAGAGAUUAUUCUGAGAUCCAGGGUGCCAUUGUUAAUUAUGCCACUAUUCAAGAGCAUUGUUAGCCAAUCUCACAAAACACAAUAUUUUGCUACUGACUUUAUUAACUUAGGAAGAAACUGAGCUGUAACCCUUUUUCCCCUUUUGUACUUAUUUAUUUGAUAGGUUGCAGUGUUGUUUAUGAAAGUACUAUGUACAAUAACUUAAUCAAGUAUUGAACUAGAGAGUCCAUCCCUAAAGUUGGGAAACUUUAUCCUUUUGAGUUUACUUAGAGAGAAAACAAAAAAGACUUCAUUUCCAUUUCCAUUUCCCAUUAAAUGACUUACCUGGAGAUGUAGAAUCAGUUAGCCUGGAUUAAAAUCAGUUCCCCCAAACAUUUAAUUUCUAGAAGGAAUUUACUAUGUUUUGCAUCUGCAUCAUGCAAUAAAAUUUGCAUGUUUAUAAUAAAUCUUAAUCUAUACUGUUUAUAUAAUCUUAUGCAGUAUAAAGAGAGUAUUAUAAUAAUUUUAUAAGGCACACUUUGUGUUAUAUUUGUGAAGGUUCUCAUUUCCAAGCAACUUCCCCCUUGUUUAGAUUCUAGUUUCAUGUUCUACUGCCAUGAUUCUUUUUUCCCUUGAAGCAUCUCCUAUUGACUGUCACUGGUAUCAAGUAUAUUCACUUUUUAACAUAGAUCAACUAUCCAAAAUGAAUGACUAUUUUUCAUGAUUUAGUUUGGCUUGUGUUAUAUCUGUCUGCUCCUACUUAUAAAAUGCAUACACAUACAUAAAGCAACAGAAGAUUUUAUUUUUGAGAUGACAUACUUAUCUUCUUAAUGCAAUCUUCUCCUUGUUGGCUCAUGCACAGUAUUUCCUAUUAAAGUUAAUGAAAAGUGAUCAUUUCCAAUACCAUAAUUUAUGCCGACUCAGACUUUCUUUCAGCACCUUGGGCCUUGUUUGUAUGAGUGAUUUGUAGGGAAAAGAAAGACAGAAAGGUUUCCUUCUCAAGAGGCAGGGAAUACCAGAAGCAUGUUGUCUGUGCUGCUAUUUGUGAAACAAGCUGCUGUGUAUUUUCUCAGCAUGUAACAUGCUGUCAUGAGAAGAAUAUUUGCCAUAUGAGAUUUAAUAUUGUAUCAAUCCUAACAGCAAAAGGGUCCCCCAAUUGUGCCAAAAAUACUCCAUUCCAGAAUGCAGGUUUCAUCAUGGCUGCUGGUAGAAGAGCAUGAAUGUUGUAGUGUAUCAUCCAAAGACAAGGUAGUCAAAGGACUUUUUAAAUGUCUGAUGACUCAAAAAUAUGAGCUAGAACUAUUCAUUGGCUCUUGUAGAGAUUGUUAGAUUUUCCUCUGUUUUUAAAAGCAUGUCUCCCAGCCAAACCUCUUUAUGCUUACACUACACACACACACACACACACACACACACACACACACACCCCAUACACAAUUUUUAAAGAAGAAAUAUUUAGGCUAACAUUUGGCCUGUUAAGCGCUCUCUAUGAUGUUCCUAUAUGCUUGGACUCUACAGUGCCUGGCAGGGGUAAAAAGAAAAUCAGGAAGAGAGAAAAGCAGAACCCCAGAAAGUGUGGUUCUAUGGCAAUCAGCCGCAGUUUCAGGCAUUUGUCACACCAAGGCUUCAGAAUUCGAAAGGGACUAUAGAGGAUUCAUACUAGGGUUCUGAGAGUCUAUGUACUUACGGCUCUUCACAGAGUUGACUUAAUUUAUUCUUGUUUGAAGUGUUAGAUUUCAGGGUCUAUAUCUAGAGUAAAAACUGAUUAAAGAGCAAAAAUCAAAGAAGUAGCUAAGGAUGAGACAAGUUCUUAGAACCAUUAAUUGUUCUCAAGUCAUAUCAUACAGACAGUUCCUGAUUAAAUACCAUUCUUUUCAGAAAACAGGCCUAGAACCAUGUUUGGAAGGGGGUCUUUUGAUUCCCAUACAGAUUUUCACAUAGAUUUUCUUAGGAAAUAAUCCUUGUAAAGUUUAGAUCCAAAAAGAUUGCAAGCUAAGGGUGAAUCCCUUUGCUCAGAAUAAGGGGAUUUUAGGCAUAGCAAAUUUGUUGAAAAUAGUUUUUAAAGACAAUGGUAUAGAAGUCAAUUGGAACAAGGUUGUUGGGUGGGGUUGACAUUAAAGAACUUAUGCUGUAUUGAAAUCUUAUAUGCUGAGGACAGAUGUUAGAACCUGUCCUGGAAUGGCUCUUUGAGAGAGUAACUCAUAAAAAUAAAGAAUUCUAUAGGCAGUUGUUAAGAGAUCUCUGACCUACAGUAUUAUAUGAAUACCAAUAUAAAAUUACAUGAAAGAAUUAUUAAAAAUAAUCUAGAAUCAGAACGUUUCAAUUAAGCUAAAACUCAUGAAAGUAAAUAGAAUUCUUUGGAAGAUGAAUUUAAUUCGGGAAAUAUUAAGUCCUUACUAUGUGCCAGACAUGCAAGACAAAAAUAAGAUGGCUUCUGCUCUCAAAGAGUUCACAGUCAAAACUCCCUUGAAAGAAAUGAUUACCCCAUACCAAUGACUGGUGCAAUAGUAACUUGUAGAGCCUAGAAACUUAUGAUUGGGAGCAUUACAUCCACUUGAUGGGCUCUGACUCAUUUUUCUCUCAGGAAGCAAAUGCCUUAGGAAAAUUUAAAAGCUAUUUGAGUUAGAUUUUUUUCUCCCAGACAAUAUCGAAUAGUUGUAGACCUUAAGAGUUUUAAUUCUGAUUUCCUGGGAUUUUUUCUCCUGACUUCUUUCUUCACAGAAGUUAAUAAGUGUUUGGACUGAGAAAAAUUACACAACUGAGUCCUAGAUAUUAGUGCCAGGUUAAAGUCAAAUAAGAAAAUGAGAAUGGAUGCAAAAAAUAAUAAAAGUGAUUUAAGUAACCCAUUAAUAAUGAUAUGCUUUUUUCUUAGUGCAUGCAAAAAAAAAAUAAAAGUGGUAUAAGUAAAUCAUUAAAAAUGAAAUACUUUUUUCUUAGUGCCUUUAUUCUGCAAUCUCUGUAAAAUAAUGCAAAAUCUAACAAAACCUUUUUGAUUGGACUUACUAUUUAAAUUAGUCAUUUAGAAUAACAUCACAUCAGUUUUCAGUCAUCAGUCUUCAAGGAAACUAUUCAAAGAGUAGGAGAGACAGUGAUCAAAUUUAAUUAGACUGAAAGAGUAUUUAUUGAGUUCCAGCCAUAUACUUCUUACUGGCAGCAAAAAGGGAUUCUGGAACCAUCUCAGUAGAAGAAGAGUCCUCCACAUAAAAAGUGAUGGGACAAAAACAGGAUAGGACAGAAUGAAAAUGAGAUAUACAUACUCUUGCAUACUCUGGAAGUUCAAAGACCAGAGACAUUAGUGGAGAUAUGAUGGUCAUUGCUGAAGAGGAAAAAUUUGAACUGGAUUCUAAAGUAUUAGAAUAUUUAUUAUAUGGCAUUUUAAGGAAGAAACUCCAGUUGUUUUAAA